AUGACGCUGACGGAUCAGACGGCUCUUUGGCCUAUUGCUGCGAAUUGCGGAGACCCUGAGGAACAGGUGCUUGCAUUAGGUGCUGGCAUAGCAGGCAGCACAGGUCACUGGGCAACAACUCAACUUUGGCGAAGAGAGCCUUUGGAUGCACAGGGAUAUCGGGUCUGCUGGUGUGCUUCUUCGAAGAAUUGCAGUGAUGUCACUCAGUUUCAGACACAGGUUGGAAUCUUCCAUGUGAAAGACCUUGUCAGUGACUUCGCUGGCGAUUUGAUCGCAGUUGCCAUCAGUGGCAAUGCAACGAUUGGCUUCGCGCUGGAAGCAGAUGGCUACCGAGAUGUGAGUUCUGGCAUGGUGACGGUGUUGGAUGUCAACGGCGACGUCAUCACCUAUUCUGCUGGCGUGGUGUCCGCAGCAUCCAUCACCUGCUCUGAGCCCGGCUGCAGCGCGGACGCGGAGCUCCUCCUCGCCUCUGACGUCCUCCGGCACUGCAGGUUGUCGGCGUCGAUUUUUCAGACCGACUUUGUUGGAACGAAUGAGCGCUUGGAGUGGAUCAAGGUGCAGGGUCUGCCGGUCUUGACGGAUUGUAGACCUGGGAAAGCUUGUGAGACUUCUUCUGAGUUCUAUUGCCUUCAGGACUUUGACAUUUCUUCUUUCAUACCAGAUACGGGUUCUGUGCUCAUCUCGGCCAAGAUUUCGCAGGCAGUGGACAGCUGCCCCAAGUCUGGAAGCUACUUGCACAUGAAUCUGCAACUGAGCUGUUUGGCCGAAGUGGCUCGAGAAUCGGCUGAGUCCUUUGAGUCCUUUUCCCCUUUACCGAAUGCAAGUUCCUACACCGAUCCAUUUGGUACCUUCUUUGCCAUCAACAACAGCACUGGUCGUGGGCACAUUGAGAUGUCCAAGAUCGCCUACGAGCUCUCUUCUCAUCAGUGCUCCGUGGGCCACCUCUGUGUUCUCCGCUUGCCCGGCUGGGGCACCGGCGCCGGGCGCCGCCACGCGCUGCGCCUCCUGCGGACGAACGUCUCCUGCGGUGCGACCGGUGCGGUCGACGGCGUCGACGGGAUCUCCAGCGCCACGGGGCUCGGAGGGAACUUCACCGCGGAUGCGGAGAGCGACGGGCUGUUUGUGCUGGGCACUCCGGUGGGAUAUGAUGUUGAGGUGAGCUUCAAAAUCUGUCUUGGCAUCGAUCCAGAAGAGGAGACGGACUUUCAAUUCCACAUGGGUCACUUUUUCCUGAUCGGCCCUUAUCCACAGCAGCAUCAGAAUUGCACCGCUCUGCACGACUGCCUCUUAGGGCCCUUUGCGGGACAGCUUUCUUCCAUCGACUUGGUGGCAUUUGUCCCGAUGGAUCACGCCUGCGGCGACCAGAGGGACUCCUUUGUCGCAUCGAAUACGGCGCACGCCUUGUCAGCAGCAUUAGACCUCUCGCUCUCGGGAAAGCAAGACUUGCCAGUAGGAGGUGUUUGGCGCUUGUGCUUCUGCACCGCUAUGUUUGAACACUGCGAUGAUGCAUCAGAUUUCAGGGUAGAUGCAGGUCUCCUGGUGGUGGCCGGUCCGAACAACUUGCAGCAAGAUCAAUUUUGCUUCGCAGGACAUGCGUGCCAUUUGGGGCCCUUCAGUGGACAAAACUUGUCAGAUGCUGACAAGCUAGCUCUAACCUCAUCGGGUUGUGAUGCAGCGAGCUUAUCUAGCUUCAGCAAUGUGUCAAACGUGAAUGAAUAUCGGCAGGUCAUACUAUCUGCGAAUGAAACACGCCUCGGCAGCAAUUGGGUCAUGUGCUACUGCACUGCUUUGAGUCGUGGAUGUGUCUCAUUUGGUGAUUUCACGCUUCAGGUGGGUCAUUUGGUGAUUCGAGGUCCAUCUCCCUUGGAACAACACAUGCAAUGCCACGUGGCCGAAGACUGCAUUUUGGGUGACUUCACAGGCCAUUGGCUUUCUCCCAGCGAUCGCCUUGCGGCGGUCUCCGCUUCGAGCGCCACCAGCUGCGGUGACGCGUUUUCUCCACUCGUUCUGCAGGGCAGCUCGAAGCCGGUCUUCCUCGCUGCCUCGGGGGACUGCACUCAACCACACCGGAGGAAUUGCACGGUCCGCAGCUUUUUGAUCGGCUUGGAUGCGGCCGGAGCGGCCGCGGGGGGCGACCUGCCUUAUGGUGGGACAUGGAGAAUUUGCUAUUGUCCCUCCCAUGAAGGCUGCAGAAAUGCCAGUUCUUAUGCUGUGGAAGUGGGGAUGUUGACGGUACAUGGACCUCCAAAUCGAAAGGUGGAACGAACCUGUGUGGCGGGGGAUGUUUGUGAGAUUGCCAACAUGAGCAGUCUAGAUUUACAGGAUUCAUCAAGUCUUAUGCUCUUGGACACUUGUGGACAGCAACCGCAAAGCCUCAUGCUCUCUGGAUGGCCCCAGGGUGGUAUCAGUUUGCCUUCAGAUGGAGAAACCGUCUCCUGGGGCGCUUCAGCAGUGAUUGCAGCUGGAUCUGAUUUCAGGCUUUGCUGGUGCCGGAAUUCCACACAGUGCAGCCUUGCUGGAGACUUCCGUGUUGACAUCGGCUCUCUUCGUUUUGUAGGCCUGUCUUGGCCAGCAGAUUCUCUCUUUUCCUGGGGAGAAGACAUCAUCGUCUCCUCCGCUGGUGGCAUCUAUCGGCUUUGCUGGUGCACCAUCCCUGGUGCCGAAGAACACGCGGGUGAGGCUGCACUGGUCAGUGCCGCUGGUCAGUGCAGUGCCGCAGAAGACUUUCUCGUGGAUGUUGGGGCUCUGACGCUCAUUGGACCAGGGCCGCAGCCCAAUUUGCUGACAAGUUGGACCGCUUCGGUCGAGCCGUUGGUCCAACAAAGAACUUGCAUCAGUGGCCUAGAAUGUGACAUCCAUGGACUAACAGGCACGCACUUGUCGACACAGGAUAGCUUCAUGGUGCUGAAUACCUGUGGACAUCACGCCAUCAUUCCACGUCUCUCCCAGGGAGGGGCUGCUUCCUCCUUGAGCAAAAGUGGUGCGACUGUCCGUUUUGGAGAUCGAUGGACAGCAUCAGGUGGGCUAUACCACUUGUGUUGGUGCUCCGGCGGAUCUGGAUCUUGCUCUUUGGGUGAGGAUUUCCAAGUGACGGCUGCCCAACUGUGGAUUCUCGGGCCACAACCUCUGGAACAGGACCAUACUUGUGUCUCAGGAGCCGGAUGCCUCUUAUCGCUCUCUGGCUAUGUCAGUGAGUUUGACCACGUCACAGUCCUCGAGACCUGUGGACAUCACGAGGCCUUGGUGCAGAAAUUUCCGCUAGAAGCGCAGGCGAAUGGCCUGAUCUCCCACGUCUCCGCCAGCGGGGCUCUUUUUGCUUGGGUCGAUGUGUCCUCAGCCGGUGGGCAGUACAGGCUAUGUUGGUGCUCGUCCUUCACCAAGUGCUCGACUGCAGAGGACUAUCAGACGGAUCUGGGAGCGCUUCAUUUGGUUGGACCCUUUGGUCAUACCUCGGCAGGACAUAGAACUUUUACUUGCUUUACUGGUCAAGUCUGUGACGCCUCUGGUGUGUCAGGGCUCUAUUUGUCAGAGAACGAUGCGUAUGCCGUGCAUGAUACCUGUGGUGAACAGCUUGUUCCACGCUUCCCGGAGUAUGGGAGAUCUGUUUCCACUGGACGAAAUGGAGCUACUAUUUCUUGGGGCUCUGUUGCCAUUUCAUCCGCAGGAGGACUCUACCGUCUUUGCUGGUGUGGUGCUCUUGACUGUGGGUCUCUGAAAAGCUUCACCGUUGAGGUGGGUGUGCUCUGGGUGGUGGGACCCUCAUCCUUGUCGCUGUCUCGGACGUGCGUCAGUGGCCAUACCUGUCCAGUCCAAGAGCUUUCAGAUGGCCUCCCUGCUGAGAAUUUGAUUGCAGUACAGGACACCUGUGUGCUGCCAGGCUUAUACCGGCUUUGCUGGUGUGCCGAAAAGAAAGACAUACCUGGGUACACUACCGAUGCUUCUUCUUGUGCCACAGAUUUUGGUUCCUUGCACUUGCUUGGGCCCUUACUGGAACAGCAUAGCACCUGCGUCUCGGGGCAAAGCUGUCUUCUCCCCGACAUGAGCUUCUUUGGUGGCACAGCAGGGCCCUCGAUGACCCCUCUGCCCGGAAAGCUGGCAGUACUGGAGACCUGUGGCGUGGCCAGCCGAGUGAGAGGCUUUCCGCUGUCCCAGCUGCCGCUGUCAAAUUCAGAGAAUCCAAUAGGAGACUUCUACAGUGAUCAAAUAUCAACAGCUGGAGGCCAAUAUAGCCUUUGUUGGUGUGCUGCUACGCCUGGCCCUUGCUUGGAAGAUGAUGAAUUCCUGGUCAGCGUUGGCCAUAUUUACAUCAUUGGCCCUCAUCAACUGCUUCAGAAGACUUGCAUCAGCGGCCAGAAGUGCAGACUCGAUGGAUUGCUGGGCACUUCCAUCAGUGAUGAAGACAGCUUGUUGAUCGCUGACACGUGCGGCACGUACACCAGUCUCAUUCCGCAAGCUGUCAAUGCCGGCCUGGCCACGGAGCUGCCAUCGGGUAAAAUCGCCAUGUGGGGCAGGGAGGCCAUGACCAGCGCGGGUGGUCAAUACCGCAUGUGUUGGUGCUCACGACUUUCCCGAUGCUCGGAGAGCACGGAUUUCGUGACGGAUAUGGGGAGUCUCGUCAUUGUAGGUCCCACACCUCUUCAUCUCGAAAGGACAUGCCUUGCAGGAUUUGACUGCACCAUUGACCUUGCAGGAAAGUAUCUCUCGAAUGGGGACCAGAUGCUUUUAUCAGAGACCUGUGGUGUAGCCUCGUCACCUGUGCCAGCAUUUCAAGCAGUACACCUUACAGUGACGCUUGGAUUUGGUGCGUUGGUGAGUUGGGACAAUGACCUUGAGAUGCCAGGCAGCUAUCGCCUUUGCUGGUGCUCAACAGAGUCUCCGUGCUUGGUUGCGGAGGAUUUCAAGACAGAUGUCGGCAUGCUCACAGUGGUAGGGCUUGGCCUGCAAGACAAGACUUGCGUCAGUGGUUUACCAUGCAAUAUCGACAUCUCUGAGAGCAGCAUAUCUCCCGAAGAUCACUUCCUAGUCAUGCAAACAUGCGGAACCAUCGACGGUGCCAUUGAUGGAUUUCCUGGAGCGGUGUCCCAAGUGGGGUCCAACGAGGCUCUCCUGUCAUGGGGAAGGUUUCUAGCACUUCCUGUCACGGCUGCAGGAGGUCUCUACCGACUUUGCUGGUGUCCUAGGCCAAACACUUUGUCGAAGUCACAAGAACUCGUGGCAUCUUGUGGUGACUCGGCCCGGCCAACGGUGAGUCUUCCGUUUCUCCCGAAUGCAAUCACCUGA